AUUCACAAUAAAAGCCUGAGGUUUGAAGCUCAGGUCAGAAAGGAAGGGAUAAAAAGAAAGAGAGAGAAGAACCUGCCCUGCAGCUGAUAACCUGUCACCUUGCAUCAGAAUCCUGUGUUCGGGUACUGACAUCGCCGUCCAGACAUCCCAGAUUCAGAACAGGCACACUUCUCUGCUGAGGCUGUUCCUUGGCCAUAUACCACAGACAUGACAUUAUUCUCAUUGUUGUUGUUCCUGGCUGCUAUGCUGCCCCCAUCUUUUCAAGAUAACUAUGAGAAACAAGACUUUGCAGAUUUGUCAACCACUACAGAGUCAGUUAGAGACGAGAUUUUAUUCAAACACCUUGAACUGAGAGUAUUGCUUGAUCCACCUGGUAGUGACUUACUGAAGAUGGAUUUGUCAACCACUGAAAAGUCAGUCCAAGAAGAGAUUGUAAACAAACACAAUGAACUGAGAGGUUCGGUUAAUCCACCUGGUAGUGACUUACUGGAGAUGAAGUGGAACAGUGAUGCCCAAGUAAAUGCACAGACCUGGGCAGACCAGUGCACUUAUCAACAUAGUUCUCAGGAAUCCAGAAAAAUCAAAAACUUAAGAUGUGGUGAAAAUAUCUUCAUGGCAUCUUACCCGGCAACAUGGUCUCAGGCCAUCCAAAGCUGGUAUGAUGAAUCCAAAGAUUUUAAGUUUGGUUCAGGGCCAACAACACCGGGUGCGGCAAUUGGACAUUAUACUCAGCUAGUUUGGAAUUCUUCUCACCAACUUGGAUGUGGAGUCACUGAGUGCCCUAACAACCCAUUGAAAUACUUGUAUGUUUGUCACUAUUGUCCUCCUGGUAAUUUUCUGGACAGGAUAUACACCCCUUACACAGUAGGAGAAAUAUGUGGCAGUUGUCCUAAUCACUGUGACAAUGGACUGUGCACAAACAGGUGUGACUAUGAAGAUAAGUAUUCUAACUGUCCAUCUUUGAAAGCAUCACUAACCUGUUACCACCCACUUACUAUUGAAAACUGCCACGCUACAUGCAACUGUGAAGACCAAAUUCAAUAAAUUUCUAGUGCACGAGACCAGGGCCAUGUGCAGGAAAACCUCCUCCCUAGCUUAGUCUUGUCACAGUCCACCAGGAAAUUCUAGGUAUAAGUACACUCAAAUGAUUCCAAACAGUAAAGAUUAAUUUUUUUCUAUAUAAUCUAAUUUAGCAUAAAUACUUUAUAACCAAAUAUUUUAAAAUAACAAAAUCAGUAAUACCUUUGGGACUUGGCCUCUGAAUUCUGUGACGAAUUUAAGCAAUUCACUCAAAUCCAAGAUUUUAUGUAGUUUGUCUGUAUGACUAAGGUCACUAAAACUCUGUCUUGGGAACAAUAAUCAGGUUCCCAGAGCACAAUGAAGUAAAGAAAAGCAUAUACUUCCACUGUAGCUUUCAGUCACCUUUCCUAGCUCUACCUAGCUAACUAUCUCCAAAAACAAAUGCGCAUUAGCUCUCUUUGAUUUCUUCUCAGUAUUUACUCCUCUUCACAUUCCCCAGAACUAGAGUUUCAAAUUCUAAACUGUAAUUUGCCUUUUAAUUGUUAGGUAUUUCAUGUACCCUUUUAAAAUGUAAAUUCAUAAACAGAAUUUGCUUUUUCAAAUGAC